UUCAUUUCUACCGGUCUCUAGUUGUGCUGCUUCUGCUGGUGUCAUCGCCGUCCCUCCUCUGCUGCCGCCCCCGCAAGGCUUCGCCGUCGUCUAGGCCAUUUCCAGCGACUCGUCGCACGCUUUUCUAUAUACUUCGUUCCACCCCAACCGCAACCAUUGACGCCAUGUCGGGUUAUUCGAGUGACCGAGACCGCGGCCGGGACCGAGGGUUUGGUGCACCUCGAUUUGGAGGAAGUAGGGCAGGGCCCUUAUCUGGAAAGAAGUUUGGAAACCCUGGGGAAAAAUUAGUUAAAAAGAAGUGGAAUCUUGAUGAGCUGCCCAAAUUUGAGAAGAAUUUUUAUCAAGAGCACCCUGAUUUGGCUAGGCGCACAGCACAAGAGGUGGAAACAUACAGAAGAAGCAAGGAAAUUACGGUUAGAGGUCACAACUGCCCGAAGCCAGUUCUAAAUUUUUAUGAAGCCAAUUUCCCUGCAAAUGUCAUGGAUGUUAUUGCAAGACAGAAUUUCACUGAACCCACUGCUAUUCAAGCUCAGGGAUGGCCAGUUGCUCUAAGUGGAUUGGAUAUGGUUGGAGUGGCACAGACUGGAUCUGGGAAAACAUUGUCUUAUUUGCUUCCUGCCAUUGUCCACAUCAAUCAUCAGCCAUUCCUAGAGAGGGGCGAUGGGCCUAUUUGUUUGGUGCUGGCACCAACUCGGGAACUGGCCCAACAGGUGCAGCAAGUAGCUGCUGAAUAUUGUAGAGCAUGUCGCUUGAAGUCUACUUGUAUCUAUGGUGGUGCUCCUAAGGGACCACAAAUACGUGAUUUGGAGAGAGGUGUGGAAAUCUGUAUUGCAACACCUGGAAGACUGAUUGACUUUUUAGAGUGUGGGAAAACCAAUCUGAGAAGAACAACCUACCUUGUCCUUGAUGAAGCAGAUAGAAUGCUUGAUAUGGGCUUUGAACCCCAAAUAAGGAAGAUUGUGGAUCAAAUAAGACCUGAUAGGCAAACUCUAAUGUGGAGUGCGACUUGGCCAAAAGAAGUAAGACAGCUUGCUGAAGAUUUCCUGAAAGACUAUAUUCAUAUAAACAUUGGUGCACUUGAACUGAGUGCAAACCACAACAUUCUUCAGAUUGUGGAUGUGUGUCAUGAUGUAGAAAAGGAUGAAAAACUUAUUCGUCUAAUGGAAGAGAUCAUGAGUGAGAAGGAGAAUAAAACCAUUGUUUUUGUGGAAACCAAAAGAAGAUGUGAUGAGCUUACCAGAAAAAUGAGGAGAGAUGGGUGGCCUGCCAUGGGUAUCCAUGGUGACAAGAGUCAACAAGAGCGUGACUGGGUUCUAAAUGAAUUCAAACAUGGAAAAGCUCCUAUUCUGAUUGCUACAGAUGUGGCCUCCAGAGGGCUAGAUGUGGAAGAUGUGAAAUUUGUCAUCAAUUAUGACUACCCUAACUCCUCAGAGGAUUAUAUUCAUCGAAUUGGAAGAACUGCUCGCAGUACCAAAACAGGCACAGCAUACACUUUCUUUACACCUAAUAACAUAAAGCAAGUGAGCGACCUUAUCUCUGUGCUUCGUGAAGCUAAUCAAGCAAUUAAUCCCAAGUUGCUUCAGUUGGUCGAAGACAGAGGUUCAGGUCGUUCCAGGGGUAGAGGAGGCAUGAAGGAUGACCGUCGGGACAGAUACUCUGCGGGCAAAAGGGGUGGAUUUAAUACCUUUAGAGACAGGGAAAAUUAUGACAGAGGUUACUCUAGCCUGCUUAAAAGAGAUUUUGGGGCAAAAACUCAGAAUGGUGUUUACAGUGCUGCAAAUUACACCAAUGGGAGCUUUGGAAGUAAUUUUGUGUCUGCUGGUAUACAGACCAGUUUUAGGACUGGUAAUCCAACAGGGACUUACCAGAAUGGUUAUGAUAGCACUCAGCAAUACGGAAGUAAUGUUCCAAAUAUGCACAAUGGUAUGAACCAACAGGCAUAUGCAUAUCCUGCUACUGCAGCCGCACCUAUGAUUGGUUAUCCAAUGCCAACAGGAUAUUCUCAAUAAGACUUUAGAAGUAUAUGUAAAUGUCUGUUUUUCAUAAUUGCUCUUUAUAUUGUGUGUUAUCUGACAAGAUAGUUAUUUAAGAAACAUGGGAAUUGCAGAAAUGACUGCAGUGCAGCAGUAAUUAUGGUGCACUUUUUCGCUAUUUAAGUUGGAUAUUUCUCUACAUUCCUGAAACAAUUUUUAGGUUUUUUUUGUACUAGAAAAUGCAGGCAGUGUUUUCACAAAAGUAAAUGUACAGUGAUUUGAAAUACAAUAAAUGAAGGCAAUGCAUGGCCUUCCAAUAAAAAAUAUUUGAAGACUGAA